UUUUCAAGAUUUUUUGAAACCCAGAAACAGAAAAUGCCAGAAAGAUUCAACCGGAAUUCCGAUGCUAAACCAAGUUAUGGUUGCAACUAGAGGUGCCACAGAUGCUUUCUCCGGUGUAGGAAGGAAUGUCAAUAACUCUUUGCGGCGUUUUGGGGCAAAGAACAUUGAAGUUGGCAUUGGAUGUGGAAUAGGCUUUGGCCAUGGCUUUGGUAUUGGUAUGUAUCAGAAGAUAUGGCCAUUAUACAAGCAUAGAAUCGAAUUUGUGUUACUACUCACAUUUAGGCAAAACAUUGGUGAUAAAUGUCAGGUCUUGCUGUUAAGCCCGGAGUGGCACAGAAGAUUCAAUCAUGUCUCACUCAACUCGCGGCAAAAGCUAUGAUGAAGUUUGGGCCGUCUUUCAACAUGCCUGUUGUUGUUGCUCAAGGCAUUGUUCCUAAAUCUAUUCAAAGCGGCAAUCCUUUGGGAAACAUAAUGCCGUUACAGUCUAAGGCAGUAGAGAAUCUCUUUCCUAAAGAUGGGAAUUUGAGCUCUUUCUCCUCUUCUUUGGGAACGCCGGAUUUGGGGAAAAAUCCCUCAAAUGCAUCACAUAGCAGCCGGAUGGAUACGGUUAUCAGCAACUUCUUGCAGAAUCCGCUCCUAAAGGAUAGAGAGAAUAGCGGGCAUGAGUUGGUUGAGCGCUUAACGUCGGAGAACAACUUGCUUCAAAUGGUGCUGAAACACCAACAAGCGAUUGAAGAGCUGACACAACAAAACCAGAAACUGCGCGAAAUUCUGGUAGAGGAUUUGAAGGUGUCGCCCUCCAAGCUCCGAGACGGCUCCUCCUCCUCCUCCGGUGGAGGAAGCAAGUCUCCGCCGUGCACUGAUUGUUUUGAAUGCCGCCGGAGACAACGGAGACGGUGAAUGAGGAAAAGCUCCAGUUUUAGUAACCAGAAGCCAUUGAAAAUCUAUACUAGGGAUAUUAUAUGGGCAGCAAAGAGACUAAUAAUCAUAUGUUCAUUUAUUGAGUUCUUCCCCCCCCCCCUCUUUUAUGGCUUUUACAAUUGGUGCUCCGACCGUAUCCCACCUAACUUCUCGGUAAACCCCUCAUACCCGGCCCGGUAUUAACGCAUCAGGAGGGUUUAUGUAUGAUG